CAGCCUCGUUGUUCUGUACGACUAGCGGAACUUUUUAUUUGUGCUUGAUUAAAUCUUCAGCGUGGGAGAAGAUUAGGUGAGAUUUCUACAGUGUAAUCCUUCUGGUGACCCAAGUAGAGGACAAGGAUGAUAUUUAAAUUCUGGCUUGCGCGAGUCGUGCUUCUGCUCAAGCUGAGUCUAUAUGGAGUCAACAUGGAGCACCUCCAAGCAGAGAACCUGCAUCUCCUACCCCCAGAUCAGCACAAUGUAGUCCUGAACAAGGGAAUGACAGUGCUGCCAAGAGACUGUCAUAAAAUGCUUGUGACCUCUUCAGGUCAUGCAAGAGAUGGGGUCUACUUAAUCCAACCUGGGGACAGCCCUAUUGUGGUCUACUGUGCCAUGCAGGAGGGAGGCUGGACCAUUGUGCAGCACAUCACCGUAAACAGCAGUGUCAAUUUUGACCGCCUCUGGGCUGACUACAAAUACGGCUUUGGGGAAGUCACAGGAGAUCACUGGCUCGGAAACGAAUACCUUCAUCAGCUCACAGGAGGCCCAGGGCACUACACACUGGGAGUUAAACUAGUGGACCGAGACGCUGUCACAAAGAUGGGAGAGUACGACCCUUUUGUGGUGGAGGAUGAAUCAUCGGCAUACAGGCUGAGGCUCGGGUUGUUCCAGGGCACAGCUGUGGAUGCCCUCACCCAGGACACGGAGAACUACCUGCACGACAACCAGAAAUUCACCACUCGGGACAGAGACAAUGAUAACUACUUCCAGAAUUGUGCCAAGCUGGAGUUCCAGGGGGUGGCUGGAGGGGGUUGGUGGUACGACGCAUGCGCGGGUGCCAAUUUGAACCGCAGGAAUGUCAUCUACUGGCAAAAGGACUGCAACAAGGAGCGACUGUGCAAGUAUGCAUGGAUGAUGGUGAGACCAUCAGACACUGUUAAAGUCAUUCACAGUGGAGACUGCAAAAGGGAUGAGCUAUGAGGACAUUUUCAGCAACAAUCACGGAUAAACGAUUAACGUCUAAUUGUGAAAUGCAUUCAAUCAGCCACAUUUAUUUAAAAAUGGUUGCACAGAAUAAAAAAAUACUGAAAAAUGACAACAAAAAAAAGUCACUAUAUAAAAUGUUUUCCUUGUACUGUAUGUAAUGUCAAUAAGCAUUUUACCAAACGAAAAUUGUACAAAAAAAAACGUUUAUCAUAGUACAUUCUUGGGACUUGAUGAUGAUGAAUGCAUAGAAAACUUAUAUUAUUUCUGUCUUUUUAGUGCUAUGAUAAAUAUGCUGAAGCUUGCUGAAACAGCAGUUUUCAAAGUGUGAGGCUAGCCUCCCCUGGGGGACGCCAGAGGACUGUCAGACACACAGCAGCUUGACAAAAAUAAUUCUUAUUUUGGUGUUGUUGUUGAAUUUGCUUUUAAUGUGAGAAGAUAUUUUAUCAUCAUUUAAUGGACAAGUGGACAAAACAGAAUGUUAACAAAAACAAUUCUAGAACAUUUACAGUGUGUACCAUAUAAAGAGGAAUAUUGUAGGCGAUCCAGCCGUUUCACACGUUGAAAACCCCUGGACUAAACAAGGUGUGCUCUGUACUGCUCCACUUACAGGCACUCACGUGACUUAAUAAACCUGUCUUGUAUUUGGUUUGGCGAACAAAUGAAUGUGUAUUUGGAAAGUUUCACCAGUUGGACUUCCUUCAUUCAUUGUAAUUCUUGUAACAUGUAAAAUCUUUGCUUUCCAAUGCAAAGCUUGAACACUUUUCUCAAUUUUUUCCUAUAGAGUGGUCUCAGUUAAAAAGAAAGAAGUACUUCCAUUGAACAGCAACAAUAUGUAAGAGUGCAAUGAUAUUUAGAAUCGCAUGAAUGGUAAUGGAAAAGGUAUGACACGGGAUGAGGCUUUGAUUUUUUUGAAAUUACAGUCCUGACUAAGCAAGCAGGUUGUGGCAUUAGGACCCAUGCCCAGCCAUCAUACUUCAAGGUCCCAUAUUAUGGUAUUUUUCAACAAUUUUAAAUAAAUG